CCAUCGUUUCUGUUUAACCAGUCGUAGAAAAAGAAGAAGAAGAAGAAGCAUUACUUUCACUGUAGUGCUUUAAUUCUACUUUCAAACAACUAAGGAGAAUCUGUUGGAUAAAUCAAAGCGAUGCCAGACGACAAGAAUCCUCUGAAUCAGCUCAGGGACCUGGUGGACCUGAAGGACCAGCUGGAGGACAUCCAGAAACGGGUGGAGGAUGAAAUACAAGCUGGGAUUCCUCCAGGGGGCAGUCUGCUUGCUUCUCCUUUCUUGAAGGGUUUCCUGGCCGGUUACGUCGUUGCCAAGCUACGCUCUUCAGCACUGAUGGGUGUUGUAAUAGGAACAUGCACAGGGAUAUAUGCCGCACAAACUUAUGCUGUCCCAAAUAUCGAAAACACCAUCAAGGAAUACAUACAGAACCUGAAAGGAGGACGUAAAUGAGAAGAAAGCGGCAAAACAGAGGAGGGUUUCUACAUCACCACAAGAGCACCGGUUCAGCUGUGCACAUGGAACAGACGUGCAGUUAUAUCUACUUCCUACACUGAUCAGUACAACACUCUCCUAAUCGUAAUCCAAUUUGUUUUCAUAAAAUCUUUUGCACUGUGUUGAGCCAAAUUCAUGCAAAAUGCAGGGAGAUUAACUUGGAAAAUAGAGACAUCUGCAAUCUAAAAAAGAAAAAAUAUGGAUUUUUUUUUUGGUAAGGGUGCUCCAUCGUGGAGGUAACAGGUUCAAUGGGUUAGUCAUAUUUCCUUAUGAGAUUGCUUUAAAUUUGAAGUAUGCUCAACCUUGUUGACUUUGGCAAAAUUAAAGAAAAUCAGGUAGUUUUUUUAAGAUAAAGGAAAAUAAGCAAACUAAAAUACGUGCACCUGCUCAAGAGCAUGGAAAAGCAUUUGACAGUGUUCCAGAUGGCCACUUAGAAGGGACAAUAGGGACAGAUUUUUUGAUACAUAAACUGGGUUAGCGUUAUAAUUCAUUUUCUGUUGGAUUCAAACCUACCUGUAUCCAGGAAUCUGUAGCAGUUUUUUUUCCCUUCUGCGUGUUUAAGUUCUUAGAAAAUAAAACAGGAAUCAGGCUUGGCACCUAAGAGAACUGGAAAUCUAAAUGGGCUAGGAAAAGCCUGAUCAUUGUAUCCCUGGUUCUGAUCUAAUGUUGUGACUUGGCUCGCCCCAAAGAAGUAAUUAUGUGUUUGCUUCAUGUCACCCGCUCUGUUGGUUGAGAUUAUAUGCAGAAGCCUUAACCUUUGUACCAUUUGUCAGCGUAGAACAGCUUCACUUUGCAUCUGUCUCUGUUUAGAACCUCUCAGAACCAGACUGCUAUGUCAUUAUUUGAAGGUGAUGGGACAUUUGUGGUGUACAGCGGCUUGUCAAAACGGUCAAAACACCACUUUUCUUUUGGAUUAUGGAACUCAUACCUAUUAUUCUUGUAUCUGUUUAAAAAUUACAUUCUUAUUGCAUAAUUCGGAUACGCUUUCUCAUAAAUGUGUCCAACUCUCCAUUCUGUGCUUGUCAACAAUAUUAUCCAGAGUUUAAAGUGUGGACGAAAGCAAAUCGUAUAUUUAAAGUGCGUGUAGUGUUCUUGCUUCUAGUAUUUUUGGGAAAAUGUGUGUUUUAUGUAAAAUGUAUUUGUCAGAGUGCCUAAUCUGGUUUGGACUUGAUCUCAUCUCAUGCUGUGUGUGCAAUAGCCUUUUCCUCAGAGGUCUGGCUGCCUAUUUCUCGCUGGGAACGAGUGGAAAUAUUUGACAUUAUUUUGGACAAACCUUUUUUUUUUUUUUUUUUUUUCACCUGACGUGUCAAAAACCUUUUUGUUUGAUAUUUAGUGUGUUAGAUUUUUUUCUUUUCAUGCUGUCUUGGCCCAUGUGCAUUUGUACACUUUAUUUAAAAAUGUCCGAUUAAACAUGCAAAUUCUGCACUAGUAAUUUAUUAUAUCUGUUACACUUCAAAUUAAAUGAUAAACCACUUGAAAAAUAAUCCAACAUCAACGUUUGACUGACGAAUAAAAGAUUAAUUGGAAGAUAUUUCAUAAAUGUAGGAUUAGCCUGAAAAUGUCAUUUUUUUUCCUGUCUAUAGCUUAAAACCUCUUGUUCUUUUAACUGUGUAAAAGUAUGUUCUUUGAUAAGAGAUUACUGUAAAGCAGCAGUGGCAUUUUCAUCUAAGGAUACUUCACUGAUAUUACGUUGUUUACAUUGUAAUGUAAUACAGUGCACACAGAAACUGUCUGGCCUCUAAUGGGUGUAAGAAAACCGAGCCAUAGAAGAAAAUCUUAAAUCUCUUGUUGGUUGUAUAAAAGUGUUGCGUUGUUCAAAGAUGCCUUUGAAGGUGUAGCAGGAAAAAAAAAUUGUACUGUUUGACUAAUAACUGGAACGCAAACACAAAGACGUGCCUAUUGACAAUCAUUUUGUUGCUGUAGUGUUAUGCAUGGUUUGAUGUAUAAAAUGUUCCAAUUUGCCUCUUGUUUGUUUUUAAGUGAUAUCCUUUCGUUUUUCUUUCUUUAACAGCUUUUGCUUUGGGGUUUUCAUUCCUGUCUGCACAACUGCAGAAAAAAUAAACUCCACAGAUGGAAAUUUCACCAACAUAUGAGAGAAAACCAACAAAAGUGUAACAUGUUUAUUUCGGUUGUUCAAAUAAAUUGAAAAUCAUGAGUUUA